GAAGCAGAAGUACAACUUACCACUUGAGUUGUCCCACAGUUCCGCGUGUGGCUUUACGGCUGGUGUUUUCCUGUAAAUUACCCAAAUAACUGUGUAACUGUCGUGUAUUGUAUCCGUGUUGGGGCAGUGAUGCUCCAGCCUCCCGUUCCUCUUCCGUCGGAGAUCUGGAGCCUCGUGUUCCGGUAUCUAUCCGUGAGAGACAAGUCCAGCGUACGGGCAUCAUGCAAGUAUUUCAAGAAACUUGUUGACCACGCGUCCCUGUGGAAAGGCUGGACUGUAGUUUUGACUUUUCCAAAUGGACCUUACAGUGAACAGUUCUGGAACACUCUCCGCCGUAGGAAAGUCUCCUCUGCUGUGGUGCGCAGCCGCAGAGCGAAGCACUGGAUCGUGGUGUCCGUGGGUCUGCCUGGUCUGUCCACUGUGGUCAUAGAAGGACUGAACAGAGAAAGCACCCACUGGUUAAAACACUUCACCUGUUUAAAGCGGCUGGCUGUUAGGAGCUGCUCUUCAUUUAUACGGGAGAGUUUCGUUGUACCCCAGCGUGAGCAGCUUACACAUCUCAGCUUGUGUGAUGUUGAUUUCUCCUUCAAGUCACUUCGCGGCUUCAUUUUUUCUCUUUCCAGGUUUUCAAGAUUGACAUCUCUUGUUUAUCAUCAGCGGAGAAUCCUUGAUAACGGUACCAGGAUGAUCUACCACAUACUUUCCUGUAGGCCCAACCUGAAGCACCUGUCACUGAAUAUCUUCAGAGGACUUGGCAGCUGUAGCAGCACGGGUACCAAACCUCCUCCACCUUCACGUCGACCCCUGGCCCUCACAUCUGGGAACGGACACUGCUCAAAUCCCACAGCUUUUUCCAAAACUCAAAAGUCUCAAGCUCCGCCAUGAGCAUGUGCCACCCAGAGAUUUCUUACGCCUUCACCAGCUGCAGGAUCUGAAAUAUUUGGAGAUACUGGACAGUCGGCCGCAGGUCUCUGAGCUUAUUGGGGAGUUUCAAGCUCUUACAGACUACAGAGUUCAGAUCACAGCCUGUCCUCAACAGCGAGAUGUGAUGUCUUGUCCUUGUGUUUCUCAGGUGUAUUAAAUGAUUGCUCUUGGCAGCCAAAACAAACAGCUCAAUGAUUUGCACAGUAAAUGUAGAGAACAGUGAGAUAUUUUCUUGUAGAGCUGUUCAGUUAAUCACAAUCACAAGGCUGCACAGUUUAGCUGAAGGACCUAAACAGCUGCCCAUGACCAAAAGUUUGUACUGAUAUGAAAUGUUGAAUAACUUUUCAACCACUAAUUCAGGUAAAAUACUGUUUUUCAGGUUUUUAGCAUCAUCAGAUAUGAGCUAUUGAAUGUUUAGAGGCAAGAAUGCACCGGUAAAAUCCAUGUAGUUUGACAAAUGACAAUAAUUGAAAUAUAUUUUCAUUGAAUUGUGGAGCCCUUAAUUUCUGUUACCCAGGAGGAUUUUUUUCAAACCAAAAUAAUGAUGUUAACAGAAGAAAAGGCUCCAGAAAUGUAGUAGUAUACUGACAGUUGUGGUCUUGAUUGGUCUUCAAGUGAGUAAAACUGCACUGGAGUCCAGGAUGAGACCAAAAACUUUCAAAUGUCUGGGCUCUAACACUUGCAAUCACUGUGACCAAGAUUAAACAUGACUUACAAGGUGGGGCUGAAAAGUUCAUGGUCUAAGAAGGAGUUAUUCCACAGCAAUGAAACUUGGCAUGCAUUAAAUUCAACCUUUCUUGAUAUUAACUGCGUGGUUUGCUUCCAGAUAAACCCACAUUGGAUAAAUAAUCUAUGACUUUGAAAAGUACUAGAGACAUUUUGUGAACAUGCUUGCUUUUCACCCUCAUUCUCCCUACCCCUCUUGAAUUCAGCUGCCCACUUUUGUGCAGUUGAUAAAACUGGAGCAUCAUGCUCUAUAGCAGCCAUGUCAGCACAAACGUCCUUAGGGGCUAACACCUUUUUUUCUGCAGACAUUUGAUACCACGGUGCCUCGGAUGGUUCAUGAAAUGUCUCUAGUACUAUUUUUUCAAAGUCCUAAAUUAUUUAUCCAGUGUGGGUUUAUCUGGAGGGAAACCAUGCAGUUAGUAUCAGGAAAGGUUAAAUUUAAUGUAUGCCAAGUUUUAUUAACUCCUUCUUAGUCAGCCUAUAACUUUUCAGCCCAUCCUUGUAUAUUGACCCAAAGCAAUGCAGCAGUUCAGAUAGUUUCAGAUCUCUGUAAAUAAUUUAAGGAAGUAGCAGCAGCAUAUUUUAAAGCGUUUUGUCUUUUCUAAUUCUAGGGGCCAACAUUUGUAGGAUAUUUUGAGGUUGCAGAACACUGAUUUUAAUGGUUUGAGUUGGGCUGUCAAAAUUGAUUAACACAGAUUAAUCCAUCAUCAUGAUUAGUCUGAUUAAAAAUUUUAAUGCAAUUAACCCAUCUGCAGAGCAGAAUGACUCUGAACGUCUCUGCCAACGGAUUUCAGGCAGUUUGACAGCACGUUGGCCCUCUAGAUGGAAAUAUGAGUACAAAAAAAACCCAAGAUGGAACAAUUGUUUCAAGUUGUUUUGUUUCCAGGUAUUUUGUUGAAGGUGUUUACUAAACAUGUUAAGUGCAUAUAUAUUCCUUUUUUUAGUCUGUUUGCUCAUGCAAAAUGAAACACAAUUAAUAUAAAAAUGAAUAUUUAAUCGUGAUUAAUCGAAAUUAAUCCACAGCAACCCUGUUUCUAAUCUGAUUAGAAAUUUUAAUCAUUUGACAACAGUAGUUUUGAGAUUUAAAAAUGAAAUCAAAUUUGUGCCAAAGUUUGUGGACAUACAGAGGCACACAGUUAUGCAAUACUUGUUAUGCAAUGUGAUUUUUUAAAAUAUAUUUUAAUUUUGUGAAGACUGUACAGUGCUUAAAUGUAUUAGACCCAAUGUAAGGCUUAUGUCAAAGCUUCCCUGAAUUAACAGCAGUAACAAAGUAAUUUUUUAUUUCUCUCAUGGUUAAUGCACUAAUAUGUAGGGGCUCUUAAAAUGACAUGAUAUUUUUAAUGCUAAAUGAUAAUUAUUACCCGUGAAUAUUCAAAUUUGCUAUAUGAAGAAAAUGGAAAAACAGAGCAUGUUAUGUUUUGUUGAUUAAGAUGUCAAAUUAUGAUUAUUUACUUACAUUUCUGAACAGAAAAAAUAGUUUUAGUGGUUGAAUGUUUCCUGAAUGUCUCAGAGAAGCUCAGAUUCAGGAUUAAAAAGGUGAAUUCAGUGUGAAAUUCCUCAUUCUGGCUCAAAAUGGUAAAAUGUUGAGAGUUUACUGAAAAUGUCCACAUUAAGGUUAGUGACGCUGCAUGGUCUCUUGAGACAAAUAGGGAAAAGUGGUGGAAUGAAUUUGUUAAACACUAUGCAUUUCAGUUAUAUUGAUUUGACUGUAGUGCCAUGUUAUACAUUUAACUCUUCCUUGUACACUGUAUUAAACCAAAGGGUCUGCACGAUGACAUUGUCACAAAGAUAAGACAAAUUCACUUCUCAGACAAUACCAGAAAUAAAGUACUUAUUUUAUUUGCAGCAGUUGUAUUUGUCAUUCGAUAAUCAGGACCCACAUAAUCUUACACCCCACCCACAGACAGAGCCACAUAAAUUCAUGGCUCAUCAUAAAAUUCAAAUAGUAAAAGAUCACAUGAAUGUCUGUUUUUAAAGAACAAAAUGUACUUAUCUUGUUAACAGUAAAAUGCUUUGUUUUUAUCAUUUGACAGAAGCAGAAACUAAGGCAAACCAUAAGUAGAUACAUAGACAUCAGGUGAAACUCAUUUUUCAUGUGUACACAUUUAUUGGAAGGUGUGAUUCAAAGUCCCACUAUUUCCUUUUGCUACUUUAUUUCCUCAGCUACAUGAACACUGCACUGUCUGCUGAAGGAGGCAGCACAGAGGAUCUCUCUUGGCUUGUCUAUUACCAGUGUAAAGCUAAGAGUUCAGAUGCACCACAGCAGACGAGGCCCUUCCCACAGCUCAGAUCAGGAAAGACCGAAACCCCACAGUGUAUAAGACCUUAUUGCAUUGACACGUUUGGCACAUCUUUUCAUACAUAAAAACAAUCUCAAUGCAGAUAACUUGUAACUCCGGCAUGCCUGAUGAUCAAAAAAAAAAAAAGCAUCUGAAUUAAUAGACAAGCAAAAAUGCUC